UUGGCGGCUUAGGCGUGAUGGGGCGUGAGGCGGCUGCUUUAGGAAGACGUUGGGUGCAUGCUUUUGUCUAGGAGCACGGGGAGACGGUCUCCGCAACUCCAGGGCCAGCUGCAGGUUGAGGAAGGAAGCUCAGACAGUCGGCACCCGGAGGAAGAAAAAGGUCUGCGGACGGGCGAGAGCAAGAAUCGGGAAUGCAGGAUGGCGGCGGCGAGGAAGGAAGGGCUUGCAGCGAGUGAAGCCAUGUCCCUGGAGGGAGAUGAGUGGGAGCUGAGUAAAGAGAACGUGCAACCCUUACGGCAUGGCCGGAUCAUGUCCACGCUUCAGGGAGCUUUGGCACAGCAGGAAUCAGCCUGUAACACUACCCUUCAGCAACAGAAACGGGCAUUUGAAUCUGAAAUUCGCUUUUACUCUGGAAAUGACCCUCUGGAUGUUUGGGACAGGUAUAUUACCUGGACAGAGCAGAGCUAUCCUCAAGGCGGGAAAGAGAGUAACAUGUCAACGUUACUGGAAAGAGCCAUAGAAGCACUACAAGGAGAGAAGCGUUACUACAGCGACCCCCGCUUUCUCAGUCUCUGGCUCAAAUUGGGACAUCUGUGCAACGAGCCCUUGGAUUUGUACAGCUAUUUACACAGCCAGGGGAUUGGCGUCUCUCUUGCCCAGUUCUACAUUUCAUGGGCAGAAGAAUACGAAGCUAGAGAAAACUUCAAGAGAGCAGACGCCGUGUUCCAGGAAGGGAUUGAACGCAAGGCUGAGCCCCUGGAGAGACUGCAGUCCCAGCACAGACAAUUCCAGGCUCGAGUAUCCCGACUAGCUCUCUUGGCACUUGAGAAGGAGGAGGAGGAGGAGGUCCUGGGGUCUUCUGUACCACAGAGAAGCACGCUUGCUGAGCUGAAGAGCCGAGGGAAGAAGACGGCCAAGGCGCCCAUCAGCCGUGUGGGAGGCGCUCUGAAGGCUCUGGGUCAGAGCAGAGGAUUCCAAAAUACAAUUCCUCAGCAGAUGCACAGUAAUCGCAGGAUCACUGUUUUUGAUGAAAAUGCUGAUAACACUUCGAGGGCAGAGUUACCUAAGCCUGUCGUCCAACCCUGGAUGGCACCCCCUAUCUCUAAGGCCAAAGAGAAUGAGCUGCAGCCGGGCCCGUGGAACGCGGACGGACCCUUGGAUUAUAGGCCUCAUGGCAGUUCAGCAGCCUCUGUACUAGCUGUACCCCCUUCGCUUCCCAGCUUUACGCCCUAUGUGGAAGAGAGCGCCCAGCAGUCAGUCAUGACACCAUGUAAAAUUGAACCUAGUAUCAACCACAUUCUCAGCACCAGAAAGCCUGGGAAGGAAGAAGGAGACCCCUUGCAAAGGGUUCAGAGUCAUCAGCAAGGGUCUGAGGAGAGGAAGGAGAAGAUGAUGUACUGUAAGGAAAAGAUUUAUGCUGGAGUCGAGGAGUUCUCCUUCGAAGAGAUCAGAGCUGAAGUGUUCCGGAAGAAACUGAAGGAGCGAAGGGAAGCUGAACUGCUGACCAGUGCAGAAAAGAGGGCAGAAAUGCAGAAACAGAUUGAGGAGAUGGAGAGAAAGCUGAAGGAAAUCCAGACUAUUCAACAAGAAAGAGCCGGUGACCAGCAGCAAGAAGAGAAGGUGCCUACAGAGGAGACCGCCAGACUGCAGAUUCCUUCGGAGCCCCAGGAAAGACUGGCAACAUCUCUGUCCCGUUCUGUCUGUCCACCAAGCUCUCACCCCAGGGAAACUUCACCAGCUAAAAACAUUUUGCAAGAACAGCCUGUCUCUAAAGGUCCCAGCAUGCCUUUCUCCAUUUUUGAUGAGUUUCUUUCGGACGACAAGGACAAAAGUCUGGCUACAGAUCCUCCACAGGUUCCCAAAACCCAGCGAAGACCCCUUGCUGUUCUCAAAACCACGGAAAUCAUUGCCUCAAAUGAGGAGAUAUCUCCCGAUGUUUGUGAUGAACUCACAGGGAUUGAACCUUUGAGUGAAGAUGCCAUCAUCACAGGUUUCAGUAACGCGACCAUUUGUCCCAACCCCGAGGACACUUGUGACUUUGCUAGAGCAGCUCGUUUUGUGUCUACUCCUUUCCCUGAGAUACUGUCCUUGAAGGGGGUUCCUUCCGGUCCUGAGAGACUGUUGCAGGAAGAGGAUCUUGAUGGGAAGACCACCGAGGGCUGUCUCACUGCACAGACCACUCUCUAUAACCAGACCCUCAGCGUGAAGAAGCUGAGCCCGAUUAUUGAAGACAGUCGUGAAGCCACACACUCAUCCGGCUUCUCUGGAUCCUCCGCUUCAGUUACGAGUACCUCCUCCAUCAAAGGCCUUCAGCUUCCCGAGAAGCUGGAGCUGACUAAUGACACCACAGAAAAUGCUAUUCAGUCACCCUGGUGCUCACAAUAUCGGCUACAACUGCUGAAGUCCCUACCAGAGUCAAGUGAUUCUGCAGAGUUUUCUGUGGAAGAUAGACCAAUGCCGACCCUGGAGAUAGGGGAGGAGAUUGAGUUAGGUGACGAAGACUACUGCAUUAAACAGGAAUACCUAGUAUGUGAAGAGUACAAGUUAUUCUGGGCGAAAUCUAGAAACUCGGCAGAGUUAACCAUGAUAAAGGCCUCUGUUCAACCUAUCCCCUGGGAUUUUUACAUCAGCCUCAAGUUAAAGGACCGUCUAAACGAGGACUCUGACCAGCUGUGCAGCUACUAUCAGUACCAAGACGGGCAUAUCGUCUCCUACCAGUAUGUCAAGUGUUGCACCCUUCAGGAUCUUCUCCAACACAGUGAAUCUGUGUCUCAUGAAGUAAUAGUCUUGAUUAUUUAUAACCUCUUGACAAUAGUGGAGAAGCUCCACAAAGCUGAAAUAGUUCAUGGAGACCUGAGUCCAAGGAGUCUGAUCCUAAGAAACAGAAUCCACGACCCCUAUGAUUGCAAUCAGAAGGAUCAUGCUGUGAAGAUCGUGGACUUCUCCUGCAGUGUUGACCUGAGGGUACAGCUAGAUGCUUUUUCCUUCAGUGGCUUUCGGACUAUACAGACCCUGGAAGGACAAAAGAUCCUGGAGAACUGUUCUUCUCCCUACCAGGUAGAUCUGUUGGGUAUAGCAGACCUAGCACACUUAUUGUUGUUCAAGGAACACCUGCAUGUCUUCUGGGAUGGGCUCCUCUGGAGACUCAGCCAAACUACUUCUGAGCUAAAGAACGGUGAAUUAUGGAAUAAAUUCUUUGUGCGGAUUCUGAAUGCCACCAAUGAGUCCACAGUAUCGGUUCUGAGGGAACUUGCAGCGGAAGUGAACGGGGUUUUUGACACCACAUUCCACAGUCACCUGGACAAAGCCUUGUGGAAGAAGGAAGUGAGGACUGCCGAGGGGCUAGAAGACGGUUUGGCUUGACUUGAGGAAGCAGGAGUCAGAACAUAGAGGACUCUGAAAUGCGGACUGAUCGGGAAGAGAGGAAGUCUGAAGAGACCCCGGCCGGCCCCAGAGAGGAGCACAAGCUGUCCUUGGCCUUGAGGGCUUGUUCUUUUAGUAAGGGUAAUGAAGAUCAUCUAGUUGUUUGUUUCAUAUUAAAACAUCAGAGUUAUCUAAUGUUCCUCCAUCUAGCACCUGAUUUCCCCAUAGUUGUCACUGUUAUUGCUCUAAGAAUGUCUGUAAUCAAGCCCCUCUCCUCUGCUCUCCUUAGUCCUCAGCUUCCUACAUUGACCCAGGAAAUUUAGAGCCUUUAACAUAAACUUCCACUAGGAAUUCUUCAGCAGGCUAGGCAGCCAAGCUGCUGUAUGGAUGAGCCUUUGUUUCCAAAAGUACAAGUAAUUCGUUUCCAGCUCUGUGGGUGACUGUUUACUUCCUCCAUCAGGCGUCUUCUAAAUCCCCUCUGCUCUGCGCCGUCCUCGCUGACCUCCUUAUGCAGAGUAGCAUCCCGUAGGUUCACUGUCACUUCCUGCUCCUGGGCCCUGUGUACUUUUCAUUGCACCUUUCACCAGCUUGUGCACACAGAAGUGAUCCUCGUGUGUUCUUGUGUAUACCAACUCCUUUUCCAUAUCCCUCUACUAUAAUUUAAACUCUUUAAGACAGGAAUUGACUUUAGUUCUCAACUCCAAUACCUAGAAUAGUAUCUAAAUAAAUAAAACCUUUUACCAAAGUUUGAAAAACGAAGAAAAACAGAACAGAGACAGGAAAUGAACAUCCUAUUAAGACAUAUAAAUGAGAACUUCAACGUCCACUAAUGAAAUACAUUGAAACUAUAUCAUCAUUUACAAGAAUGAAAAUUGUGUCGGUGAGGGGCUGGAGACAUGACUCAGAGGUUAAGAGUACUUGUUGCUCUUCCAGAAGUACUAGGUUUGGUCCCAGGGCCCACAUGGUGGCUCACAACCAUCUGUUACUCCAGUUCCAGGGGAUCCGGCACCCUCUUUUGACCUCUGAGGGCACCAGGCACACGUGUGGUGUGCAUAUAUCCAUGCAGGCACAACACUCAUAAAGCCUGAUAUGUAUAUUUUAAACAUGUAGAUUAUAUAUUAAAGAAAAAUACACUGGUGAGAUCAGGAAGCAACCACUCACUAGCAGGUUCAUUCUUCGAAGCCAGUUUGGCAGUCUUUUCUACAAUUAAAUAUUCUCUAGCUGAGAAGCUUCUCUUAAGAAUGUAUAUUACCCAGACAUUGCUAUGGUGUGCUCACACUGCCUGCCUUGCUUCAAGACUCAUCGUCCCCAGUGGGGUGACCCAAGUGACACCCAGACAUCUUAGAGAUGAUAGGACCUGAGGCAAGCAGUCACUUCUAGCUUGUGUUUUAAAAACAGUUAAGGUGGGGCUGGAGAGAUGGCUCAGUGGUUAAGAGCACUGAUUGCUCUUCCAGAGGACCCAGGUUCAAUUCCCACCACCCACAUGGCAGUUCACACCCAUGGCAAAACACCAAUCCACAUAAAAACAACAAUUUAAAAAACUUGUUUGGCCGGGUGGUGGCGGCAGCGCAUGCCUUUAAUCCAGCACUCCGGAGGCAGAGGCAGGUAGAUCUCUGAGUUCAAGGCCAGCCUGGUCUACAGAGCCAGUUCUGGGACAGCCAGUAUCCUGCCUCAGAAAUAAAUAAAUGCCUGAGAAAUUUAGGAAGUUUUAUCUUUUUUGUUUGUUUAUUCUUAAAGAUUUGUUUCUUUUAUGUUUAUGGGCAUUUUGCCCGCUAGUCAUUCGCUGCCAUGUGGGUGCCAGGAAUCAAACCCAGGUCCUCAUUUUUACUUACUUUUUUAAAGAUUUAUUUAUUUUCUGUGUUUGAGUGUUUUGCCUGCAUGUCUGUGCACUGCAUGCAUUCCUGGUGCCCAUGGAAGUCAGAAGAAGGUCUUGGAUCCCCUGGAACUGGAGUUAAUGGAUGGUGUGAGCCACUAUGUGGGUGGGUGCUGGAAACGCAGGUUCUCUGCAAGAGCAGCAAGUGUUCUUAACCUCUGAGCCAGCCCUCGGUUCUUCAUUUUAAAAUCGUUAAAGAGAAUGUAGCUGAACUUGUACUUGUAGUAUGCUGAAAAUUCAUUUGAGUCUAAAUGCCUUGUGAUCUGUUAGAUACACGCUUCUAAAACCACCGUUUCUGUCACUAUUACGCUUUGUUUUGUCUGUAAACAAGGGAUUGAAUGACGCACAGUCCGGCUUUUUAAAAAUAAAAAAUUUAGGUGGGGCGAAGGCGCUUACUCCAGGCUUAACAGCCGGAGUUUGAUCCCUGGAACCCACAUAGUGGAAGAAGAGGACCAGCUCCUGAAGGUUGUUCUCUGACCUCCACACCUGUGCAAAUGCCAUGUGCAUAUGUGCAUGAGUGUGUUCAUAGAGGUGGUUCAGCACGUGCAAGGCCUGGCCACUGAGCCUGAGGACUUGAGGUAGAUCCUUGGGCCCCGUGGUGGAAGGAAGAACCACCUCUUGCAAGUUGUCUUUGUGGACAACACACACACAAAUAAAUAAAACUAUGAAUUUAAAAAGACUGCUUCUGAAUAAGAUCUUGAGUUGUCACACGCUGAUUCUGUCGGUAAUGAAAGGAUGGUUGAUAAGCGUGAGGUGAACAUCGGCAAAUGGGCUGUUUCCCCACCAAACCAUCGGCUUCUGCCGUUGCUCCUGGGAGGCCCUGUGUCAGCCUCUCCCUGACACUGAGGUUGUCCAGACCGCUAGAUUGCAAACCCCUUGUGAGCAAGGGGCUUUGUGUCUGCUGCCCUGCAUCCAGCAACAUCUAUAAUUCUCAAAGGUGAAAAUACUGGGAGGGAGUGGCUACAGAUUCAGAGACCGAUCAUAUUGGUUCUGAGGUUAGUGUCUGUCCUUAGCUCUUGAUCUCACUGUAGUGUGCCAUUUUAUUCUGCUUUGACAUGCUAACUGACUAUUAAAUUCACACUGUGAUAUAUUUCACUGUCUAGGUUAUACCUUCAAAUUAAAGUCAGGCCAGGUGUGGUGUGCAGGCCUGUAAUACAGAGACUGAGCAGGACCUCGAGGUUGAGGUCAGCCUGGGCUACUUAUAGAGAC